AAGGGGUGGAGUCUCACAGCUGGGACGCUGACCAAGUGAGCUAGAUCUAAUCUGAGCCAUCAAGCUUGGAGAUGAGAAGUUCCUAUUAUCAUUUGACGCGUUGCUGUCUCUGCUCCCAGCUUGAUUGAAAGGCGUUUUGCGCGAGGCCGAUAUGAAAUCCACGCAGCGGCUUGGCAGCCGCCUGCAUAGCUAAGAACAGACAGGGACGUGGAAACUAUCUCCCCGAUGCGUCACCACUGAACCGACGAGCGGAUCAACAAUGGCAACCUGUCGCUGAAGCGCACGGAUCGUCGCCAUGACGUGUAAACAGUCGAUAAACUGGACCGGAACCAGUCCUGAUCGGUUCUGACGGCCGGGUGAGAAUAGGACCGCUGCGAAUACAAAUCCGGGGUGGGUGGAGGAGGGAAGGGGGGGUGAUUGCACCGUAAACACGCCGAGUGUCGCCAUGUGGAGCCCGGUGACACGCGUGUGGAGAGUUGCUGCGUGCUGCUUGCUGUUGCACACAUUCCUGCACAUUUCCGAAGGUCUUAAUUUGUGUAUGAGUGGCAGCGCAAGUUCCUGUGAAGAAUGCCUCCUGAUUCACCCCAGUUGCGCCUGGUGCGCACAAGAGGAUUUUGGGAGGGGGCGCACCCUGACGUCACGCUGUGAUUUUGUUCAAAACCUACACAAGAGGGGUUGCGAGAGCCGCUUUGUCGAAUCCCCGACUAAUAGCAUCACGGUGCAGAAGAACAUGCCGCUGAGCUCCAAGGGGUCUGGUUUGACCCAGCAGGACGUGGUCCAGAUUAGACCUCAGAGUAUCUCACUCAGUUUACGACCAGGAGAGCAGACAUGGUUUGGGAUCCAGGUGCGCCAGGUGGAGGACUACCCAGUGGACCUGUACUACCUGAUGGAUCUCUCGCUUUCCAUGAAGGAUGACCUGGACACCAUUCGGAACCUGGGCACUAAGCUGGCCCUGGAGAUGGGCAAGCUCACCAGUAACUUCCGUCUUGGCUUCGGCUCCUUUGUGGACAAGAACAUGUCGCCUUUCUCCUACACGGCGCCCAAGUAUCAGGAGAAUCCAUGCAAUGGGUACAAACUGUUCCCAAACUGCGUGCCCACGUUCGGUUUCCGUCACAUCUUGUCUCUGACGGACAAAGUGGACCGCUUCAAUGAGGAGGUGCAGAAGCAGAUGGUCUCCCGCAACCGGGACGCGCCCGAGGGCGGGUUUGACGCUAUUCUGCAGGCGGCGGUUUGCAAGGAGGAGAUUGGCUGGAGGAAGGAGGCGUACCACUUGCUAGUGUUCGCCACCGACGACGUGCCUCACCUGGCCCUGGACGGCCGUCUAGGUGGCAUCGUGCAGCCUCAUGACGGCCGUUGUCACCUGGAUGACAACAAUGAGUACAGUGCCUCCACUCGCUUGGAUUAUCCCUCUCUGGCACUUCUGGGCGAGAAACUGGCAGAAAACAACAUUUUCCUCAUAUUUGCUGUCACUAAGCGAUUAUAUGUCAUUUAUAAGAAUUUCACGGCACUCAUACCGGGAACGACAGUGGAGAUUCUUGACCAAGACUCAAAAAACGUCAUCCAGCUCAUCGUUGCAGCCUACAAUAACAUCCGCUCCAAAGUGGAGCUGACAGUGUGGGACCAGCCCGAGGACCUCAGCCUCUCCUUCACCGCCACUUGCCAGGAUGGCGAGCCACUACCCGGCCUCAGGAAGUGCGCCGACUUAAAAAUUGGCGACACGGUGUCAUUCAACGUGAGCGUGGAGGCGAGAAGUUGUCCUCCUCGCGGCACCGACCACAGUUUCACAAUUAAGCCGGUGGGCUUUAAGGACCGCCUGCAGGUUGGCAUCGAGUACCAGUGUGAAUGCGGCUGCACCCGGUCGGCGCAAAUCAACAGCACCAUCUGCAGCUCCAUUGGCACGUACAAGUGUGGGAGCUGCCAAUGCGAGCCGGGCUACCUUGGUGCCCGCUGCGAGUGCCAGGAGGGGGAAGCAAGCAGCAUCCACCUGGGCGCCUGCCGAGAGGCCGAGGGCAAGCAGUUGUGCAGCGGGCGCGGCGAGUGCAGCUGCAACCAGUGCCUGUGCUACGAAUCCGAAUUCGGCAAAAUCUACGGCAGCUUCUGCCAGUGUGACGACUUCUCGUGCGCCCGGCACAAAGGCAUUCUUUGCUCAGGUCACGGCGAGUGCCACUGCGGCGAGUGCAAGUGCCACGCCGGCUACAUCGGGGACAACUGCAACUGCUCCACAGAGAUGGCGUCGUGCAUCGCCGACAACGGGCAGAUGUGCAGCGGGCGCGGCAACUGCGUUUGCGGACGUUGCCAAUGCACGCACCCCGGCGCUUUUGGGGACACGUGCGAAAAGUGCCCCACCUGCCCCGACGCCUGCGACACCAAAAGAGAAUGCAUCGAGUGCCGGCUUUUCAACUCGGGAAAACUCUCAGACAACCAGACUUGCCAGCGUCUGUGCAAGGAUGAAAUCAUCACAGUGGAGACUCUCAAAACGGACGAACCAGGUGCCGUGCUGUGCCUCUACAAGACUGACAACGACUGCGUGAUGAAGUUCACAUACUUGGAACAUGACAGUGGACAGUCCGUUCUCACCGCCCUGACGGAACCAGAAUGCGGUGGAGGUCCAGACGCCCUCAUGGUCCUGCUGGCAGUGGUGGGAAGCAUCCUUCUAGUCGGACUGGUGCUUCUCGGCGUCUGGAAACUGGUCAUCACCAUCCACGACCGGCAGGAGUUUUCACGCUUCCAGAACGCUCGCUCGCGUGCACGAUAUGAGAUGGCAUCCAACCCGCUUUACAAGCAGCCUGCCUCAUCCAGUUUUGGUGAGACAGACAUGUUCGACAAGCCCUACAAUGGAGGGGUCCACUGAGCCCUUGGCAUGUGGGGCGGCAGGACCGGUCCAGCAAGAACAAACCCUUAUGGGGGGCACGGGCCCAAUACAGACUGAGGCCUCCCCUUUCCUCAACAGGGCUACAGAAGUGAAAGUAAAAGACUAGUCUUGAAGAAGCAGCUUCACUCCAUUGCAGUGAGCAGCAAGUCAUCCACAUCUGAAUGAUAGCAACAAGCUAAGCUGGCUGCAGAUCACAUUUGUAUGUAUAUAAUAUUUUUAUAAACACAAAAAAAAAAAAUCUUUGUCAGGCUUUGCACCCUGCAGCUUUCCCACACUAAAUAAAAUCACAUUUGCUCGGGAGGAUCACAGAAUAGGGGGACUGUGACCUCAAUGUGCUUCUACUAACUCUACAAAAAAAAUGUAAGUAAUAAAUUGUCCAUGGCUACUACUGAUUAACAAAAUGCAAACAUCAUUUUGUUCACUGAAGAUUUAGGCUUUUCCUUGAUUUCCUUUUUUUGCUUUUUUUUCUAACAGAGAUGACUUUUUCUGAUUGGCUAAAACAAACUAAUGUUUUGGGGUUAUAGGUGCUGGUGCUUUGGCAUGCACAUGACAGGCUGGUGAUGCAAAAUGUGUUUUCUGACAAGACAGUGUGGUAAAAAUAUGUUUUUGAACAUAGCUGGGUACACGCAGACAGAUUAGGGGGCAUUUCUGUGAGGGUUUGUGUGUGUUGCGUUUCUGUGUGUGUAUAAUUGCAAGUCAGGGUAGCGUUUAAAGGUGUGGACAUUGCAGAUCUAAUCCAGCAACCUGCAGGUACUAUGGUUUUAUACUGAUUCAGAUCAAUAAUAACACAACCGUAUUGUUGCAAUAUUAUGCCAAGGAUAAUAAAAUUACACAGGGAUUAGGUUAUAAAAGGAUGGGAAAAAAAGAUUAGUUUCUAAUCACUAAGUGUAAAUCUGUCAUUUUUAUAUACCCCAGCAACAAUGUCAGACUGAUGCUCUUAAUUGCUGUUCCAGUGCCAGUAAACAAGGACAUGGCAUCCUGACAUCGAUUAUUUAGAUCUGGUGGGAAUCUAAAUUCAGGGCAUCACACUUCAACACCUUUUCUCCUUUUUUAUAGCUCUGGUGCUACCCCCGAAGCCGGGAAAUUGCCACCUUUUACAGACAGUGGGAGGAGAGUAGUCACACUCCUGCACUUUCACAAAAUAUCCAGCAGGGAUUUUUAAGAUGAAAAAAGAGCACACAAAUUUACCAGCAUUGCAAUGAUCUUUUUUUAUUAUCAUGGUGGCAUAAUUGGCAAUAAUCACUUAUGAGAUUGGGUGGCAUAUGCGAGACAACAGUCUCAACAUUUUAUACUGUUAACUAUAUUUGUUACCAUUAACUUUAAAGAACACAACUUGCACUUUUAAUACUACAGUGACUCAAUAAUGUGUGCUCCCGGAGUUUUGUGUGUGUGGUUAGCAUCAAAUGUAAAUAUGGAGUGGGUAUGAAAGUUUUCACUGCACGAUUUGGACUGUAACUGGCUACACGUUGUGGUAACACGCAGUCGCACAAUCAGGCUAGGUGCAUCUUUGUGUGACUGCACAACAUAGACACAAUAAAUGAGCUUUUUCCAGAAGAA